AUGGAUGUCGAUGAGUCUCUGUCAAGGAAACUAACUACAUCUAGUUUCACUCUUCCUCCUGCUCUUGACGAAUUAUCCAAAAUUGCUCAAGAUCUAAAACAAAGUUUAACACGGAAACCCACACAAUCACCGUUUCAAAAUAUUCUUCAACAAAUUUCUACACUACAACAAUCAUCAUCAUCAUCGUCUGACAUUCCACCGUCAACGGCUGAAGUGAUGCGUGAUAUUGAAUCAAUCGAGUCAACAAAAUCUGUUUCAUUGGUAACGGAAUUGUGUCAAUUACGUGAUUUAUUAUUACCCACACCACCUAUGUCAACUUCAUCCUCACCUGUAUUUUCGCCCAAGAAAAAAUUUAUUAUUCGAAGUCAAUCACAAACAGACGAUGAUAUACCGCCAUCAAACAAUAACAAUUCGUCUUAUAUUCAGAUCUUCAUCGAUCAAAAACCAUACACACUUCAAGUUGAAACACAAGAAACAAAUUUAGAUAAAAUUAUUAGUCACAGCAAUGAACAAACCCUUGAAAGAGAAAUAAAUACUCAACAUCUCAAAAUUCCAUCGUUAGCUCAAAACAUGCCAAAUGAAGUGACAUCAUCUGAUCAAAUGCCGCCAAAAGUCAAACGUCAACGAGUCACAACGUCGUCAUCGCAUGUAAUACAACCAGCACCUAUUACAGGAGAAAUGAAUGAUAUUAUUCGCCGUAAACAUAUCCGUGAUAGUAAUCGUGAAGCGGCACGAAGAUGUCGUGAAAGACGUCGUAAUUACAUUGAAACAUUGGAAUCAAGUUUAGAACGUGAACGAGAAAAGAAUAAAACAUUAGACACAGAAUUAGAACAUUUGAAACAGGAAAAUGCACAAUUGAAAACAAUUCUUAGUGAAACAACAAAAUUAAUACAAUAA